AUGGGCGACAAGCAGCAACGCCUGGAUGUAGAGGAGCCACCGGCGCUGAGCCACGACGACAGCGACGUUGACGAUGCCGGCGCUUGCGACGUGCGCGGAGUAAGCCUCGCGAGUGGCGACACAACAGCAGCCACUACUAUACACGAUGAUGACGUAAUCCCUCAUACCGAGCAAAGUGCAAAGACCGAGACCAAACCCAACGACUGUGACGUCACGCAAGCUAACGAUGUAGCUGACGUCACCUCAGACGUCGUCACGGACGUCGACGCGACGGCAAACGACGCGGAGACGACCGUUGCUAGGGAGGCGGUGGUUGCUACGCGCGAGCAGACGCGUCCGGUGACGCCCAGCAAGCCACCGAUCGCUCCGCCGGUCAAGCGUCCGAACAACAAGAAAGCCGAAGCGCCGGCGAGCGAACGCGACUCGCCGCGGGUGGCGCCACCGUCGAGCAGCCCGCGAGGCGGCAGGUCGAAGGAGACGGCGGCGGUGGCGUCACCUGGCGGCGGUCGGCGCGGCUACCUGAGCAUGCGCGAUCAGUUUCUUCGCGACCUCGACGAGAAGAUCAGCGCGUCGUGGGACCCGUUUGAGCGACGCAAGGACGAGGGAUGGGAGCGACUGCUGCAGCACAGUGCCACCACCACGGCUAUCCCGGCACCGUGGCGCCACCACGCGGCCGCGGCAGGGAGAGCUCUACCUCCUCGCUCUCACCCCGGCCAUGCGCCCGCGUCACCGCGCCUCAAAGAUGUCGCACGCGAUGACGUAACCGCUGACCGUGACGACGCGUUGCUAGGCAACAGGAAGAGAACGCACGCCAACAUGGACGACGGCGGGCGACGUGCGCCGUCGCCCCAUCGCGCAUAUCGUCCGCGAGAUGGCGCCACGAUGCACGGUUGCGGGGACAGCGUGCGGGGGGAGGCAGACGAGCGAAGCCGCUGGUCGGAUCAUGCGCGCGCCAGCCUGGAGACAGAGGACAGCAGGGAAUCCUGGGAAGGCCACGACGACAGGUACCCGGAUGUAGUGAACCACGACGGACACUACAUGCGGGCUCACGUGCGCAAUCACGGUCACGAGCACGUGCGCUACAAUGACCACGUGGUGGCCGGCACGCGCGAUCACUAUGGUUACAUGCACGAUGACGUGUCGUUGCCAUGGCAGCAUCAACGCUACGACGCUGGCCCGCUGUAUGCAUACAGUCCCGCGCAGGCGUCGCCGCAAUACUGCUCCUAUCUGCCGCCAGAGGACGCGUCGUACAGCCUGGUAGCUUACGUGGCGCCACCUAGCUGCAACCCACUUGCGGUCUAUCCCUACCCUGCGCAGUGGGGUCAGAUAAUGAAGAUAGAGAUUCAGCUGCUGCAUUCUAAGCUAUCAGAUAGAGAGAGUCAGGUUCUGGCACUGAGAGCGAAGUGUACGAAGGAAGGGAUCAGUCUUGCUGGAACAUACUCCAACGACUCCGACGGCAUCCGCUUGACCGCUGUGGAGACGUGCGCCGGCGCUCGUAACUUUGCUGCACGUAUCCACUGGCCGGACAGCACUUAUCUCGCGAACUGCGCGUCUCAUCCGCGCGCAGCGCUCAUGGAUUCAAGCAGCAAAGCUGUUCCACGCAAUUCUUGCAAGCGCGAUGCGAACGCUAACUGGUACAAUGACUCGUCUGAGACGAAGUCGGCUGAAGUCGACCGAUUGAAACAAGCGAUGGAAACAAUGAUGGCGACUAACGAGGAGAAAGAUCGAAUCAUCGAAGAACUCAAGAAAACUAUCCACCGCUACCGGAAAGUUAAUGACGUCAUCGUGCAGGGUCACAAGAAAGAGAUGGAGACGGUGGAUCCGAGCAUUCUCUCUCAGCUGCAGCAUCUACAGGACGGUUCCAGUCCUCGCUCCUCGAUAAUCGAAGCCGACUCGCGGUUCCAGCGCACGCCGAGCCCUCGUUUCGACGCCAGCGCCCUCGCGUGGCCGACCUGCGCAUCGUCGCACGAUGGGCUCCGUCUAGCGGCCACGCCAGAGCGCGUGAGACAAGCAACGCCGCCGCCAGGCGACGCCACCGAUAAGACGCACAAGUGGUCGACUCCGCCCAGCUCGCUGACGCGGGCGGGACAAGUGGCGCCAUCUGGCGUCACGAUGCGCGCGCACGGAUAUCAGCUGCCCAACGGUUACGGACGACACUCAAAGACUCCGCCUCCGUCCGCUCGGCUGGCGGUUACCGUGGAUACUGCCACCGCUGCGUCACACUCCGCUCCCCACUCCCCCGCCUAUGCAGCCGCUGUCGCAGCCGACCAUCAGGUGGCUCUGAGUGCCGGGAACAAGAGCGCAUCUGCUGCUGCGACUCAGCCGGCCGGUACAGUAGCAAAGGUAACACCUACUGCACGACCCAACAACAGGCAACCGGGCGCGGCAAGACCUCGCAGCUACGAGGAGAUGCAGCGCCCUCCCUUGACGCCGCCACAGUCUCGUCGCCAUGGUUCCGACAGCGCGAGUAGAAGGUCCGCCUCAACGAUGCAACAGAGGGCGUCAUGGGGUGAGGUGCAUUCGAACCAGCUUGCACGACAGUCGGCGACCUUCACUCACGGCCAGCAGCCUGUGAUGAAAUCACCGCACAAAGAACUGAAGGGACUGCGAAAGCUAUUCUCAAGGAAACGACGGUCGUCGGAGCCAAUAACGGAGGCUCUGCCAUCGCGCCCACUCUCCGCCUUGGACCCACAACAAGAGCGCAUCCACUAUGGUGUCUACAGAUCGCUGGCGCCCCCUGCCGUCAGCUACUACAAGGCCUUCCGUCAUCCGGAGUUGGACGUUCCGUUUUCGCGCUGGGAUGCCGACCAGGUGGCGCUGUGGAUGCAUACCAUGGGACUGUCGCAGUACGUGGGCAGCUGCAGGGCUUGGUUGCGGGACGGUGAGCAACUUCUACAGGCGACCACACAAGACCUUGUACAGGAGCUGGGAAUUCAGAACCCUCUGCACAGGAAGAAGCUGCAGUUAGCUCUGCAGGCGGCAGGAUCGGAGGAAGAUUCUCCGGCGAGUGAGCUCGACUAUCAGUGGGUGACGACGUGGCUUGGUGACGUGGGCUUGCCACAGUACAAAGACGUGUUUAACAGCAACAGAGUGGACGGAAGAAUGCUGAACUACCUCACGAUCGUCGUGCUCAACAAUCCGCGCGAGGUGAUGAUGUGGACAAAUCACCGCGUCAUGGAAUGGCUGCGUUCGGUGAACCUGUCCGAAUACGCUCCCAACCUGCGCGGAAGCGGCGUGCACGGAGCCCUCAUCGUGAUGGAAUCACGCUUCACUGCUGACCUACUCGCUCAGCUGCUCAGUAUCCCACCCAGCAAGACGCUACUGCGGCGACACCUAUCGACGCAUUUCAGCGAUCUGGUCGGCGUUGAAUGUCUACAGAUGAAGAGAGACAGUGAAUCGAGGACAGAGCAAAUCCCACUGACUCCAGCCAUGAAGAUAAAGGUAACAUACUACACGCACUAG